CAUCUCAAGAAGGGGGCUUUGCCAGCCAACCGUGACUCACACCGUCCACUCGCUUAUGGGAGCGGAGAAAGAGAAAAGCAUAAUCCAGUGACCCAAUACCAGAGGAAACAAUCACCACAGCCGGCAAAAAUGGUAGAGUGGACAGAAUUUGAGCGCGAUACAAUCAAGGACAUCUUCUCUAAGAUCGACUAUGACGUGGUGGGUCCCGCCGCCCUCACAAGGUGCCUGGUUGUGUACCCGUGGACUCGGAGGUACUUUGGAAACUUCGGGGUCCUCUACAACGCCGAGGCAAUCAUGGGCAACGAGAUGGUGGCAAACCACGGGAAAAAAGUGCUCCACGGACUGGACCGAGCCGUGAAGAACAUGGAUCACAUCAAGGAGAGCUAUUACGAGCUCAGUCAGCUGCACUCCGAUCAGUUUCACGUGGACCCUGACAACUUCAGACUGCUUGCUGACUGCCUUGCAAUCGCCAUUGCCACCCAGUGGGGCAGUGCAUUCACCCCGGACAUCCAGGCCGCGUUCCAGAAGUUCUUGUCCGUUGUCGUCUUCUCUUUGGGAAGCCAGUACCACUAGUAGCGCUGCAUGGACAGUAGGACCGUGAACAACAACAUCAACAACAACAACUACAACAAAUGCACUGUUCGUUCAAUUCAGAGGACCGGGGAACUUUCCUCUGUCAAAACCAAUAAAAAAACAUCACCGUAUGUUUUUCACUCUGUAGCCAAAAUAUCCUACUUAAUUAUAGGCUCCUAAGGCUAUUUAUUCAACUAAACAAAACUUAAUUGUGCCAUCAUAGGGCUGGGCUUAGAGAGUGGGAUUGGGGAGGAUGCUCGUUUGCGCCACCCAACAGGUGCUCUGAUUGGAGGACGUCAUCUUGGAACGUCUGAAAUUAACGCGCAACAGGUGACACUAGCUCAUGCAUCGCUUAGAAUUACAUGUUAUUUGCAUUGACCUGUAUUGUAGUUUGAGGCUAAGCACGAUUUUUUCCAAGAAGACCUUGAUUAUAAAAUCGAGUUUACACCACGUUAUCAUGAAAAGCCUACACUACAAAAUUAUUUUUUCUAAUAACAUUAACAGAUAACUAAGCAGUAAGCAAACAGAGUCUACUUUGCAAUUAAAAUAACUUAUAGGCCUACAUAUAUUUUAUAAAUAUUUGCUAACAAUGCUAUAAUCCGUCUAGACGUUUAACCUGCAUAUUAUAUAAAAUAUUAUUUGAAGGCUAUAUUAUUUGUGAAAUCAAGGUCAAGCGAACAAGUUGAAAAGGACGUGGUUAACUGCGCGAUUCAACCGCAAUGGAAUGGAAUAAUGACAAUGGAAAACAAUAAUGAUGGGAUUCAAACUUUUAUUCAUAUUUUUUCAACAGAAGACUCAACAGGAACCUGAUACUUUCAUCCAUCCUAUUGUCUGCCUAUAUCCGACCGAUCUCAGUUUAUCGGUACUUCUCGGACAGAGCCAGGGCCAAAGCACACAGGAACUUGUCGACGGCCAAAUGAGCCAUUGGGGUGAAAUCAUCAGGGAACAUAAUAGCCAUAACCACCAAGAUGUUGAGUGAGAGAAGCUGUAGGAGGAAAAAAUAGGAAAAAUACAUUACCUAUUAUUAUUAAAAGACCUGGAUAAUAAUAAUAAUAUCACAUUGCGUUGAAAUUGAUUUCCACCACUUUCCUACCACUGACCUUGAAGUUGGUGGGGUCAACUCUCAGCUUGAAGGCGUGCAGCUCGCUCAGAGUAAGAAGACCCCUUUCCAGGUCGUCCAUCUUGUUCACAGCAUCUCCGAUGCCCAUCAUGAUGGUCUUGCCGUGCUUCUUCACUUCAGAGGAACCAGGGCUGAUGCUCUUCCAGUGGCUGAAGUAAGUCUUGGUCUGCGGGUACACAGCGAGCAUCCUGGAAGGGGGAGGAGGACAAGUAAAUACAUUAAUAAAUAAAAAAACACAGCAAAUUGUUCAAGU